AUGGCAGGGACCCUGGAUGUUACUGGCAUGCCGGAACCCUCGGCCGCUCGGCGAUCGGUGGUCGCUGAUCUCCCACCCGACUCUACCAACUGGGAUUCUGCAAAGCUAAGGGGACCAUGCAGCCCAGAAAGCCAAUGUGAUCGAUGGGCCGCCCCGCACGCGCAGGGAAGCUCCAGUCCCACCCAGUGCUGGACAAGCCCCAAGGGCGUCUCUUCCCCCCGAAACACCUUCUGGAGGAGCGAGCGUGGCCGAUCCGGAUCUAGCGGUGUAACGUGA